AUGAUGAUGAGCAAGCUCUUACGAUUUGGUAGAAGACAGCUUCACACCAUUGUCUCAAGAGAUAUCAUCAAACCUUCUUCUCCAACACCUUCUCACCUCAAAACAUAUAAUCUUUCGUUUUUUGAUCAAGUUGCUGUGAAUGCAUACAUGCCCGCUGUAGCGUUCUACCGAAGCUCCAGUAUUUAUCAGAGUUCCCAUGAAAAAACGCUAGAAUUGAAGAACUCCUUAUCGCAUACCUUAAGUCAGUACUAUCCGUAUGCUGGUAGGCUGGCAAAAUCUUGCCCAACCUAUGUCGACUGCAAUGACGAGGGAGUUGAGUUCAUUGAAGCACGUUACGACAGUACGCUCUCCGACUUCCUCCAACAAUCAGACCAUGAAGAUUUAGAUCAACUCUUUCCAGAUGAUCUAAUAUGGUUCAAGUCGAUCAAACCACAAAGAUCAUAA